AUGGACUUGGGCAGCAAAGAUGUCCUGGUGGAGAGCCCCCCGGACUACUCAGCAGCCUCCCGGGGCAGGAUCAGCAUCCCCUGCUGCCCAGUGAACCUCAAACGCCUUCUCAUCGUGGUCGUGGUGGUGGUCCUUGUCGUCGUGGUGAUUGUAGGGGCCCUCCUCAUGGGCCUUCACAUGAGCCAGAAACAUACUGAGAUGGUCCUAGAGAUGAGCAUUGGAGCGCCGGAAGCCCAGCAACGCCUGGCCCUGAGUGAGCAUGUGGGUACCACUGCCACCUUCUCCAUUGGCUCCACUGGCAUCGUGCUGUAUGACUACCAGCGGCUCCUGAUUGCCUAUAAGCCAGCCCCAGGAACCUGCUGCUACAUCAUGAAGACGGCUCUGGAAAGCAUCCCUAGUCUUGAAGCUCUCACCAGAAAAUUCCAGAACUUCCAGGUGGACUCCAACUUAAUGAGCUGCUUUUUCCAGGCCAAGCCUGCAGCGCCUACCUCUAAGUUGGGCCAGGAGGAGGGGCGUGACACAGGCUUGGCAUCCUCUGGAGGAGACCUGGCUUUCCUGGGCAUGGCGGUGAGCACCUUGUGUGGCGAGGUGCCCCUCUACUAUAUCUAG